AUGUAUAUGACAGCUAUGGGGUUAUUCCAUUUAUUGGAAUUUUGGACUACGGCGGGAUGGAACAGAGAAAAAUUAAGCGUGGAUUCAUUCUUGAUAAACAAUGGGAAAGAAUAUCAUUACGCCCACGCAUUCGGUUUAGCAGAAUAUUUCAUUUCAUCUUACUUUUGGCCCAACAAAUUUCAUUCUAAAUGGUGUUCCCCUCUGGCCAUAUUGGGCAUAACUACUCUUCUCCUUCUAUCUCAGGCUCUUCGGUCAAUAGCGAUGAUUCAAGCUUCUUCCAGUUUCAGUCAUUUAAUCAAAACUAUAAAACUUGAUGAUCAUGUUCUUGUGACUUGGGGAGUGUAUGGCUGGACACGUCAUCCUUCUUACGCAGGAUUCUUUUAUUGGGCAAUAUCAACUCAACUCUUACUGGGUAAUAUCAUUUCUACACUAAUGUUCAUCGUUGUCCUCGGUCGAUUUUUCACAAGACGAAUUAUAGCGGAAGAGGAAUACCUCGUCAAAUUCUUCGGAGAUGAUUACGUACAGUAUCGAAAACGUGUCGGGACAGGUCUUCCAUUACUCGUCAAUCUAUAA